AUGGAUCAUUUGGAAUUUGCCAUACGAGAUUUAGGCUUGCAUCGCUAUGGCAUCACUCCCACCUUGCUCAUAGCCCUCUCUGUGAGCACCAUUCUCACCUCGAUUGCAUUGAUCUUGAUCUUUCGUAAACUCUCUCAUCUUUCUCAAUCCAUUUCUUCUUCAACAACAACUUCAAGCAAAGAAAAGUCUCCUUCACGUUCGGAUCCGAUCAAGAAGGAAGAAGAAGAAGCAAGAAGAAAUCAAACAUUCUCUUCUGAUGAACCAUCAUCCUCUUCUUCCUUCUCGAUUCAAGUCCAUCAAGAUUCCGAAUUACCUUCCGAACAAGAAUGUAUUCAACUAUUGAUUGAAAAGCACAAGUAUUCAAGAGGAGGUUAUUGUAGAGAGUUGAAUCAAGUCGAUUCGUCGUUUCCUCCUUCUCUGAGAGCUUUUUGGUCUCUCGGAGCUCAUUCCACACGAAUUUCCAUUCAUACUUGUUCAUCAUCAUUAUCAUUCGAAAACAAAGAGAAUUCCACAAAAUUAAAUUCUUCUCCGAGACGAGUGAACAAAGAACUGACUGUCAAACACAUGAAACAAGCCACAGUGAUUGGAGAACAGAAAUUUAACAACAUGAAUGGAGUAUUGAAUUCGAGAGAGAGUUCUUCUUCAACUUCUGGCAAUCGACGUCGAUCCAGUCUCAUGAAUCGUUCCUCUUUGGGUGGUACGACUCACGGUGGUGUCACUGGAAAUAACACAAACAGUCGUAAUGUGAUGGUUGCUUAUGGAAAUGAAUGUGUGAAUCAUCGAGCUGAAUUUAUCUUACAUUAUCCAUUGAAGAAGUAUUUUGAUCAAUAUGUGACAGUGGAGAGACUGGAAUAUCCGUAUGUGGAUCAGGGAAGCCGACCCUAUUCGUGUCACGCUGAUUCGUUAAUGCCCUAUUGUACAGAAUUAUUGGAAAAGACAAUUGUGAAAAAGUCUCUCAUGACCAUCGAUCAGUCAUCAUCCUUGACAUGUCAAAAAACACUCUUUUGUGCACUUCCAUUCUAUUUAUUUGGUGACACUCAUUUUAAGGAAAGAUUGUUGACCACUGCUUUUGAUGAAUGGACCUAUGAUCGAGUGUAUAUGUGUUUAGAAAAUGUUUUACCAAUUUUUAGUGUCGGUCAAUGCAGUGGAUUGAGUGUGGAUUGUGGAGAGUUAUUUUCAGUUUCAUUACCAGUGUAUGAAGGAAUUGCUGUGAGACAAGCAUUGGAAGCAAUGCCAAUUGCAGGACAUACGAUUGAUUCUAUUUUAAGAAACAUGUUGGUGAGAAAUCAAUGCACUAAUGACAGCUCUUUGAAAUUUAUGUCAAGUACUGAAAAUGAAAUUCUGAAAGAUAUUAAGGAAAAGAUGUGUUAUGUGAAAAAUCCAAAAUCUCGUGCGACCCUUUCAUCACAGACUUUAACAUAUGAACUUCCUGACAAAAAUAUUCUCAGAAUUCCAGAUGAAGCAGCAAAUAUUCUUUCUGAUUGUACCGAAUUUUUAUUUAACGCCAACUCAGAUGAAACAUAUCUUGACAAGUGGUCACAAAAUAAUUCAAUUCAAGAGUGUGUGGUUAAAUCUUUAGAAAAAUUGUCACGAGUGGAAAAGGAAGCAAAAGAUACCAUGAUAAAGAAUAUUGUGUUGACUGGUGGCAGUUGCAUGUUGAAUGGUUUUGUGGAUCGAUUUGCAUUUGAAUUGGAGAAUGCAAUGAAUCAUAGUGACACGUUGCGAAAAACUUAUACCAACAACAAGGGAGAGACCUCAGAUCAGCAAGUGAAUAUCAUGAAACGUUCUAGAAACGAUUCUGUGAUAAUGGGAGCUGAUAUUUUCAUGUCAUUAAGCACUUUUGAUGACUUGUGUGUGAAUCGAGAUGAAUAUGAAGAAAAUGGAGAACGCUUUAUUGUCACCACCAAAUUUUCCAUGUAA